AUGCCGUUUCUGCCUGUCGCAUCGUUCUGAAGUUCGGAUCCCGGCAAACUUCACGUUUCGGGAGAUUGUAUGUCUUCUUCCAAGGGCGAGGUGGAGCCAACAGGGACCUCCGGGAAGGAAUCACGAAAAGAUUCCAUGAGGCGGUCAUCUACUGCCACGCAGGGGUGGUCGAACCAUUCGAGGUCGAAAUGGUUCAUCGACUGGUGUUGUGGAGACGCUUCCAACCCCACUGCGCAGCCAUGUGGUCCUGUCAUCUUCAUCGAUGACAGCAGAAGGCGUAGAGUGCUUGGUGCCGUCUUGCGGUGGGAGGACGCAAAGGGGGGCCGACGACAUUUCUAUAUGCAGAAAGUUUAUGGUGCCAAGGGCAACGUCGUUGCCUAUUCGAAAGGGACGUUGUUGGACCUCGAAUUGUGUGAGGUGUUCGGAGCGGGUGCUGUGAACACCCCGUUCUACAGAGAACUUGUUCUCGGGGGCGGUUUUGUUUUGGCGGGUGAAUUUUUCGACAUGUUGGAGGACAAAAACAUCGCUCUAGACGUCCCCUGCGACGUCAACCCAUCCCUGGAGCUGUCGUUGCCGUUGAAGCUGUGCAGCGGUUGCGAGUCAAGCGGGGCAGGGGCGGAGGGCGGUGAUCUGGGUUCUGCUCCCGCCACUCAGCUGCACCGUGGCGAGAGUCGAGUACACGUGGCGGCCUAUUCGGAGGUCGACUUGGAGGCGAGCGAGGGACAGGUUGUGGAGGAGGUGGACGCGGGAGGCCUGGGCUCGCAAGGAGCUCCGCAAAAGAGGAGGGUGGAUCGUCCAGACGAGUUCGCCGGUUCUAUGAAGAAGUUAAAGAGCAAGAUCCCCAGGACUGCGGGGGAGAAACGCAAGGGGACCGAGGGGGAGCAGGGCCGGCAGGUUGCCAAACGACCGUCUUCGAGACAGAAGCAGCCUGAGUCUGGACCGUCUUCUCCACCGACAAUAAGGACUCCCAUCGACGUUGACGCCGGGUACUUCCUCGAGUACAAAGGCGGCAUUCGGACAAAGCGGGAGUUCGACAUUAGCCCUGCGCAGGUCGUCGACCUCGGGGACUGGGAGGACCUGUACAACCAGCGGUCCUUGGAUCACGUGCUCGUGGAAGGGAUCAAGGAAGCGAUGCGGUUGGCGUUCGAAAACAAAGCGCAGUCUUACGAUUUACCAACCCUGAAAUUGGCGCCGCUGGGGCUUGAUAAACCGACUCUGAGGACCAGGGAAAAACGUAUGAGACCGGAGGAUUGGAGGGAUGAGCUGGCGGGACAAUACUACUACUACGCGGUAUUGCUCGGACACGACGGCGCAAAGUGGAUCAUGCGGAAGAAGAAAGUCAAAAAUGUGAAGCCUGGGGUUGCAUACAUCCAUAAUGACAAGCUGGGAAGGAAGGAGGUCGUGUACAACGUCCCUGUGGAACCGCCGUCAAAGAAAGGCAAAAAGGAGAAAGCGGAGGGCGAGUGGUUCAUGCAAGUGUCAGAGCCGGACGCGCAUUGUUGGAAAACGAUGGAGUCGCUGACAGACAACGAGAAGUGCCGCGUCCUGAAGAAGGUGCUUGCUUGCGAGGUGGUUUGGGUACAGGCCGGCUCCCCAGCGUUGGCGAAGCUCGGAAAGUUGAGCGUCCAGGAGGUGGUGAAUUUGGUGAAGUGCGACCGAGUGCUGGUGCGUCUGUGGAACUACUACCAGUUCAAGCACGACAAAAGGCCGGACGCGGAUUGGAGCCAGAGGUUCCCGUUCCUGAAAUCAAGGGAGACGGCGAAGUUCGCUGGGAUCCGAACUUCUCCAGGCAAGGAGUAUGGAGGGUCCGGCGACAGGGAGACGACGAAGUUCGCCGGGAUCCGAACUUCUUCAGGCAAGGCGUGUGGAGGGCCCAACAACAGGGAGUCGGCGAAGUUCGUCGGGAUCCGAACAUCUUCAGGCAAGGGGGGCCAACCAGGGAUAUUGGUGCAGGCGGGAGGGGCUACGUGCGGCGGGCGGGAAGCGCAUUCAUCGGGAAUCAACACGGGUUCGGGCGAAGUGGCUGCAUUGCAUGCAGGGGAAGAAGGCAAGGUGAUGGACAAAGAGAAGGAAGUGGAGGAAGGAGACAAAGGGGAGGAAUUGGAGGAAGGAAGGGAUGAAGGGGAGGAAGAAGAGGAUGAAGGAGAGGAAGGGGAAGAAACGGAGUUGGCUGGGUUGCUAGGAGGGCAGGAGGGGGGAAAAGGUGAACUCGAUACAGGAGACGACGAACGGACUUUCGGCGACGACGAUGACAGAUCUGGGGAGUCUUCUGACGGAUUCGGGCAGCUGUACGGAGAACACCGCGAGGAAGACGAUGAUGAUGAUGACACGACACUGGGUAUGGAGACACAGGUGGUCACAAGCCUUUCGGCAGAACGUGAUGACUAUGACGUCCAAGCAAUGACGUCUGUCGUCGAUCUCCAACACCGGUUCAACGAAGCUCGUGUAGCAGUCAGCCUGACUAAACCGAGUGUGCGUAUUGACAUCGAAGAAGUUAUCGACGAUAUCCUAGGCGACCACCAAAUGUCCGCGCAGCCGUCCUCGACGCGUGGUGUCGACAACCCUCUAGACGUCUAACCUUCCGGCGGAUCUGUCGUCGAUUUCUUGCCGACGAGCUCUCCGAUGCUGCCGCCAACCAUCGCCAGCGGAGGAG